AUGGUCGCUGGAAAACGUACUGGAGCCGCGAAGGGCUCACGCCACAACAAGAAAUAUUGGAGAAAGGGAACGAAUAUCGAUGAUAUUGAGGAUUCGAUUCACAUCAAAUCCCGUCAGGCAGCAACUGGAGGUGUCAUUUCUGAGAUGAAAGACGAAGAUCUGUUCAUUGUCGAUCGUACCGCCACCGCCAACAAGCCAGUCGUGCCGAAACUGACGAAAAAGCAGCAGGCCGCGUUGGAAAAAAUCACCAAAAACAUCACACAGGAGCAUGUCACACUUCCAAAACCAUCCACCACAUCGAAAAUUCUGAAAAAACCCGCCAAAUUGCCACGUGGCAACGCGAUUUUGGCGCUGAAAAAGGGGCCAAAAGCAGCGGCGCCGGCGGCGAAAAAGAAGAAUUUCGACGUUUGGACGACUGAUUUGACGCCGAAGAUUCCGAAAUCUAAGCUUGAGAAUCAAGAAGCCGCAGAGCAUUUUCUGAAAGUUGUGAAGAAAAAGCAGCCGAAAACGCCAGGAAAAUCGAUUACAAGUCUGCUUCCAGCAGUACAAAUUGCCGAAGGAGGUGCUUCUUAUAAUCCAGAAAGUGCAGAAUAUCAGGAAUAUGUGGCGAAAAUUGCCGGAGAAGAACAGAAAUUGAUUGAUCACGAGGCGAAGAUUAAAGCCGGAAUUGAGCCACAGUGGGAGAAGGUGACCACAGAGCACGAGCGCUUCUUGGAAAUGGCUGAAGGACUCAGAAUUCAUCCGAAAUACGGAAAAGACGAUGAAGAAGAAGAAGAAGCUGGAAAUUCUGAAAAAUCGAUGAAAACUGGUGGAGAAGCGGAGCCAAAGAGCCAACGUGUCGAAUGUGACCGUAUGACAAAAGAGCAAAAGAAAAAGAAGGCAAAAGCACAGAAAUUGGAUAAAGAAGAGAAGCGUCGGCUUGAGGAAAAGGCCAAGGAGCAGGAUUCACAUAAUGUCUAUCGCACAAAACAACUGCACAAAGAGCUUGACGAAGAGGAAAAGCAGCGUCACGAGGAGUCGGAAGUCCGUAAAAAGGAAAAAUUGAUAAAUAAACUGACAAAACGUCAGCAACUCGGAAAAGGAAAAUUCGUUGACGCCGAAGAUCCAUUCCUUCUUCAGGAAGAACUAACUGGAAACCUUCGUCAAUUGAAGCCACAGGGACACGUGUUGGAUGAUAGAAUGAAAAGUUUGCAGAGAAGAAAUAUGCUUCCAAUUGGUGGAGAUAAGGAAAAGAGAAGAAUUAAGAAUCGUCUGAAGUCGAAAGUUGUCGAGAAACGAAGUGCCAAGAAUAUUGUCAAAGGAAGCCGUGUUAUUUAAAUUUUUUGUCGUUUUUUUUUGGUGAUUUUUGAGGGAAAACGAGCUGAAAACUGGGGUUUUUAGUGAUUUUUAACCUAAAAAUUGAUAAUUUUUUUGGCAAAUUUUGAUUUUUUGACCAAAAAAUUUGAAAUUUUAGACAUUUUUUAUUCUGAAAAUCUGAUUUUCUGGCUUAAAACUGAUUAAUUUUGGCAAAAUUCUAAUGUUUUAUAAAAUUUAAUUUAAAUUUCAUUUUUCUGUGGAAGAACUUCAAAUUUUUGAUGUUUUUCAACUCAAAACAAAAAAAUUCCGAUUUUCCCCAAAAAAUGCCAAAUUUUGCACCUUUUUAGCUAAAAGUUCAAAAAAUUUCCAUUUUCAAUGGUAUUUCACUACAAAAUUCCCAAUUUUCAGACAUUUUUCCAUCGAAAAUCACCCCAAUUUCACCCCAAUUUCCAUUUUUUUUCCAAAAAUAUCGUUGUUGUUCCCCUUCAUUACUCUUUUAUUUUGUUGUUAAUUCGUUAUUUUUUAUCAUGAAAAACUGUUUUUCUGAAA